GAAUUUUGAAAAUAAUAUUUCAUUCGUGGCUCUGUCUUCUGUUCCUCUCCAUCUUUACAGACUUGCCUCCUCCCGAUCUCCAUCUCCCUUAAAAUUAGGGUUUCCAGAUUCACAGCUCCCCAGGCUCUCAAGCUGCUGCUCUUCUCUGUCUGGAAUCUGCACCUCCUUUUUAUCCUCCGCUCUCCAACUAAACCCUUCCCUGCAAAUAGGGUUCGCAGAUCUACCUCUCCUUCAAUUUCCUCAACAUGUUUUGGAGGCUAACUUCCCUUUCUACUUCAUCUCCUGUGGAAUCAAUUUUAGACAAAGAAAAUUUCUCAUUGGAAGAGCUUCUCGAUGAAGAAGAAAUAAUUCAAGAAUGCAAAGCCCUGAACAGUCGUUUAGUUAACUUUCUACGAGACAGAGCCCAGGUGGAACAACUAUUGCGCUACAUUGUUGAAGAACCUCCAGAGGAUGCAGAAAGCAAACGAGCAUUCAAGUUCCCGUUUAUUGCCUGUGAGAUUUUUACUUGUGAAAUUGAUGUUAUUUUGAAGACUCUAGUAGAGGAGGAAGAGCUAAUGAACAUGCUUUUCUCCUUCUUGGAACCAGACCGACCUCAUAGUGCUUUGUUAGCUGGUUAUUUCAGCAAGGUAAUCAUAUGCCUCAUGAUACGGAAGACAGUUCCACUUAUGCACUAUGUCCAGGCUCAUCGAGAUGUAUUGCGGCAAUUAGUUGAUUUAAUUGGAAUCACAUCCAUUAUGGAGGUUUUGGUACGACUUGUAGGUGCUGAUGAUCACGUCUAUCCAAAUUUUAUGGAUGUGAUGCAAUGGUUGUCUGAGAGUGAUAUGCUGGAAUUGAUUGUUGAUAAACUGAAUCCAUCUAGUUUUCCUGAGGUUCAUGCAAAUGCAGCAGAAACAUUGUGUGCUAUAGCCCGUAAUGCUCCUUCUGCUCUUGCUUCCAAACUUUCUAGUCCCAGUUUUGUUGCAAGGAUAUUUAAUCAUGCUUUGGAAGAUUCAGAUUCAAAGUCUGUCCUUGUGCACUCGCUUUCUGUAUGCAUUUCUUUGUUGGAUCCAAAGAGAUCAUCAGCAUAUUCUUCUUUGUUUCACUCUUUCCGAAAUCAGCAUAUGUAUGAAUGUCCAGUUCCUGUUGAUCCAGAGACUGUUGGUGCAAUGCUUCCUAAACUUGGUGAUUUGUUAAAACUCUUAACCGUGUCAUUGGAUGAUAAAGUAUUACCUACAACAUAUGGAGAAUUACGGCCUCCUCUUGGAAAACAUCGUUUGAAGGUUGUGGAGUUCAUUUCAGUGUUGCUGAAAACAGGCAAUGCAUCUGCAGAGAAAGAAUUAAUUAACUCGGGCACCAUUAAACGAGUGAUUGAUCUUUUCUUUGAGUACCCUUGUAAUAAUUUUUUGCAUCAUCAUGUAGAGAACAUUAUAUUAUCUUGUUUGGAGAGUAAGAAAGAUGACAUUGUUGAUCAUCUUCUUCGAGAGUGCAAUUUGAUAGGGAAAAUUCUUCAAACAGAGAAAAAUCCAAAUAUUUUGGCCGAUUCUAAUCAGCCAACGCUUCCUGCUGUUGGAAAACGGGCACCGCGGGUAUGUAACUUAGGACAUACUACACGAAUCUCUAAUAAGAUUCUUCAGAUGGGGAACAGUCAAAGUUGUAUUCGGGCAUAUCUUCUGGAAAAUACUGAAUGGAAUGAGUGGCAAGCUACGACUUUGCAUGACCGCAAUUUGGUUGAAAAUGUCUAUCGGUGGGCUUGUGGUCGCCCAACUGCAUUGCAAGACAAGACUAGAGAUAGUGAUGAUGAUGACCUUCAUGAUAGAGAUUAUGAUGUGGCAGCAUUAGCAAAUAAUUUAAACCAGGCUUUUAGAUAUAAAUCGUAUGGGAAUAUUGGUACUGUGGAGGACCCUAGAUCUCUUGCUCAAGAUGAUGAGGAUGUCUAUUUUGAUGAUGAAUCUGCUGAGGUAGUUAUAUCAUCCCUUAGGCUUGGUGAUGAUCAAGGAAGCAGUCUAUUCACCAACUCUAAUUGGUUUGCGUUCCAAGACGAGCGAGUUAACAGUGAAGCUGCAGGCACAGCACCACCUGAGAGGAUGGAUGAGAUUAAUCUGAAUGGAACUUCUAGUGGUGGUAACAGCAGUAGUGAUGAUGAGGUGGUGAUUGGUGAGGAGGAGUUGACUGUUAGCAAGAAUUCUAUGGUUGACACUUCCUGUUCCAAGCCGGGGCCUCCUAGUAGAUUUCCGGGGGCUGAACCUGGUGGUGAUGGAAUCUCGAACUCUGGGUUGAAUGCAUCUAACGAUUUGGGAUUCUUCAGGUUUGAGACACCAGAUACAGAGGAUAUGUAUGGAGAUAGGCCUCUGCCUGACUGGGUAGGAUGGGGAGAAGCAUCAGAUUUGCAAGUUGGUGGUUCCAGUUUGAACCCGUUUGAGGAUAAUGAUAAAUCUGAUAUCAUUGAUGCCUCUCAAAUUGAAUUUGCAGCACCUAAUGUUAAUUCUCCAACAAAAGGAGAAGUUUGUCUUCCAAAUGGCUCUCCAACUACAACAGGCUCAAGCGAUGGAUCAGAAGGCAGUGAUCAAAGUCAGAAAACUACAGCUGUGCCCUCAUUGUUCGAAGAAGAUGUCGAGUUCGUUGGUGUGGAAUUAGAAGGCACUGAGAAGGCUAUGGAGCAGGCCCUCAAGGAGGGGAUUGUUGGGGAAGCUGGGCCACUUAAGAGGAGCGUUGUCCCUAAGGUGCCAGAGAAGGAGAACUCCGAUGAGAAUGGGGCUGGAAUCAAGGAGUUCAAUGAUGCAAAUUAUUGGAGAGUGGAUCAUGAGGUGGCUGUUUUGGAAUGAUGCAAUCUCCACACUACGUACUCUUAAGCCUGAAAAGGUUGUUUCCGAUGAUCAUGGACACCAUUGCGGUUGGCAUGAGCAUCGGUGCAUUGGGUGGACAUAUGUACAGUAUAUUUUUGUUUCUAUGUGGAGAUUGGAUGGUAGAAUGCGUUGUGGCUGUCACGAUUUACCUGUUACUGACUGUUAUGCUGAUUAUUCAAGGUUUCUUUUUGUUUCUGAUUCAUGGGAUUACCCUGAUCCAUCAUACUUCAUAUUUAAUUAUAAGAACAACAUUCUUGAUUCUUAUGUCAAAAUCUUAACAUAUUCAAAUAGCUGGACGUAUUGGCAUGGUUCAGAUUGACGACUGCUUCCCUUUGUAGUCCUCUGGGUAAAACUGUAGUGAUAGCUGUGGUGUCGCCAGGCUGAGAGAGUUGCCUAAUAGUGUUCAGGACUUGCAGUCUGCAUUCUGACUAAAUUGUUUCACUCUAUGUAGGCACAUCUGUAACCACGAAACUGUUCUUCUUUUUAAUGAAUUAGAUAUGCAUCCUUCUUA